CCCAAAGUAUCAUUCAUCGUAUGGAGGAGUCUGGCAAUACUUAGUCAAAUUAGGUUUACAGAUAGCCUUUUCUGAUCAUCCGAGGUACACAGAGCAGCAAUUUCCACCUUCAACUACAAAGGAACACAUAUGAGGAUGCAACAUUGUUGUGGUGACAGUGAGCUGAAGGCAACGGGAGACCUAGUAAACACCCAGCACGCAGGGGUUGUACACCAGGGAAUAGCAUGCAGCACGUAGAAACAACUGGUUAGAUGUAGGCAUCACAUGCACAUGCAUGGACAUAAAGGCACAGUGCUGAUUAUUUUAAAUAGUAAAUAACACUAUCACUUACAUAAAUUAAAACCUCAUGGACAUAAAACACUGCACAUCUCACAAGAACACACACAAACCAAAGAUACGCAUCACCCACCUGAAAUGAGUAUCUAUGGGACAGUUAGGGAAUAAAAAUUGGGAAUUGAGGAUUACUGGAAAGAAAUAAAACAUUGUAGGUGGUACAAAUUCAUAGGCUUUGGACUCAAAGGUAGAUCAAGGUUGAAAUCUUUACCCCUCCACUUACUAGCUGUGCAAUCUUGUGCAUCAUAUUGAACUCAUUUAUAAAAUGUAUUAAUAACACAUCUCAUAGAGUCACUGUUGAAUAUUAAAAAGAUUAUUAGUAUGAAGUGCCAGGCAAGUUCUAAGCUCUCCAAAAAUGUUGGUUCCCCUAUCUCUCCAGUAUCUAAAGGAUCAAGGUUAACCUCUUUGCUGGCAUUCAAGCCUCACAUACACCCCCACCCUCCACCCCUAGAUUGGCCCCAAACAACCUUGCCAACUGUUCAGUACUGCUCCCUUGUGCAGCAGUCCAGCUAGAGGUCGCUUCUGCCACACUUUUCUGUCCAGAAUGCCUGGCACACAGGCUCAGCAACCCAGAAAUCUGUGGCAAACUAAGAGGCCGAGAUUUGCAGAAAAGAUGGGACACAGAAAGGGGGAAUGAAGGCUGAUGAAGGAUCACACAAAGGCGUUGGGCCAAGCAGAGAAGAUGGCCCACACCAGCCCAGACCGCAAAACGACAGGACCCAACAAUCUGAGCACAAACAGGGACACAACCAGAAGAGUGUGAUGAAAUCCCCAAGGAAAAAAGGACAGAGCAGUGGUCAGAGGAGAUGCUACAUCUACAAAAGUGAAACCACAGAAAGAAAGAAGAGCAAACUGAUAGAACGGAAAUCUGCAGGAAGACAGAGGAGCAGCAGAGAGCUCACAAUUGGGGAGUGGCAGAAAAGUGAGGAGCUGGCCACAAAGACCGGGUUCUCAGGGAAAAGAGGAGACAAUCUUAGAGGCUGAAAGACAGAAAAGGAGACAGGGCGAGAUGUAGAGAAAAGGGGACAACACAGGAUGGCAGGGAAACUGUGAAAUGGAUCUAACAGAGGGGCAUGGAGAAGGCUAAUUACAGAGUGGAGCCCUGAGAAUGGGGUGAAAUCGGGAGGAAGAUGAACACAGAGGGUGGAAACGGCUAAGACAACAGGAAAACUACAGAGCGUCUCAGGAAUGGAAGAAAGGCAGAAAGGGGGCCAGGCUAUAAGGGAAUGAGAGACGUACAGAAAGGGGGUCGGAAAAUCAGCAGGAUGGAUAGGCAGAGUCUCUGAGAGAAGGAAAAGUCAAAUUUAGCAAAAUCAGCACCGACACGGACAGGGAUGACAAGACACAAGGAAAGGGGUGCAAGCUGAAAAGGUGGGACUCGGGAAGGAAACGGGGAUAGUGCAGGAUGGGGAGCACAAAAGGAGAAGGGUAGAUCGGGAGCUGGGGCACCGGGAGAGAAAUGAGAGAAAACAGGCGUUCACGCAGCGUCGAGGACCCCGACCCCCACCGCGAGCGGAGUCAAGACCGAAGGCUGAAGACGCGCAGCCCUGCACUGUAGGAGGGAGGGCGAAACUGCGCGUGCGCGAGUGGGUCCCGGUCAACGCCGGAUAGCCGUUCCUGGGGGGAAGGGCCAGCCUUGUCCUAGAAGCCGUAUUCGACGCCCCAUUGGCCACCUCCCUCAAAAGGCGAAGAACAAUCUGGAAAGGCAAAUCACACGGGGAGGAAGAAAGGGCAUAAGAUUCAACUCGACGCGCUAUUGGCUGGUCUGAUAGUCCAGCGCGAGGAGAAGUGGGCCAGAGGUAAGGGGCGGGCUGUCAGUGCAGGAUUUUGAAGCGCAUUGGCCGCUCGCCUGGCAGGAGGAGGCGGCGCUUAAAGUUCAUUGGUUCUUGUGAGAAGAGGCGGGAAAAGUGUCGCGAGUGCGGCGGUUUCUAACGCCACAGGCUCAUUGCCACCUUUCGCCUCUUCUUGACUGAGUCUGACUCCGCCCGAGGCUGUGGUAACCGCGGGCAGACGACGCAAACACGACCCCUCCCCUCCCUGUCCCUUCCCCUCCCUCUCUGGCGCUGGAUCCGGCCGAAGCAACCGCUUGCCUCCCUCUAGAGCUCCUGGCGCCCCCUUCCACCUCCGCCACCCCGCGGACCCCCAGCGCGCUCCCCCGCCCCCCGCCCCCUCCCUGGGACCCUGGCGCGGGGCGGGGCCGCGGGCCCAGCGUUUAUGGGGACAGCUGCAGAAGAGCGUGCACGCGAGGAACAGCUGCGUGGGGAGGUGGGGCGGGCGAGGCGUGAGGCCAGUUGUUGGGUGUGGGGAUAGGCCCGUGAAGGCCGGGCGCAGCGGCUGCACGAGCUUGCCUCUGUUUGGAAGGCAUGUGGUGCAAGAGAGGAAUUCGGGCCGCAGGGAGAGGAGUAGGGUCCAUAUCAGGGCCUGGCACAUGGAAGCGGCUCAGUAAACCUUUGCUGAGUGAAUGAACAUAAUUCUUGAAAGUGGGGGAAAGGAUCCAUGAGAAUAAUGUAAUUACUGGGAUACAAAGGAGUGAUCUGAUUAAAAGAGGUGCCGGGAGAAAUUGAAUUGCAGCUCAUAUAUAAGGCUAAGAGUUGAAAGGCGAGCAUAAAAAUAUGUGUAGAAAUUGGAUAAAUGCAGGAGGGAAGGAUGACCCCUGUUGAAGAGGACACCAGGGAAACUGCUGGAAUGGGGUGUCGGUGGAAAGCGGGUGUGAACUGUUGAAGGGGGCACGAGAGUACGGAAGUAUGCCUAAAACUGGGAUUUGAGCUUGGGAGGAUACUGGUGAGCAGAGGAGAAUAAUGUUUGGAUUGAAAGAGCCUUAAGAAAGGAAAAAGGAGAGAGGUUCUUGGGAAGGAAGAGUGCCUGGGAAGAAGGAUGCCUGAGGAGGAGUAAAAAAAGGAGAAAGCCUGGGGAGAAUGAGGGUGAAAGCUGAGUCCGGGGGUGGGCACAAUGGAAAACCCUUCCGGUGUGGCCUCCCAGAGACAGGAGGGCUGGUCAGGAGAGGGCCCAUGUGGCCAUCCUGACCCACCACUCCUGCCCCUAGAUCCAUGGAACCCAAUGAAAUGCCUGCUGUCCACCACUGCCCCUCAGACUCUGCCACAGAGGGUGAGACCAGAGCCCCCCAGGGCAUGGAGCUUAUCCCCAGGAGACCUGUCAGUCGCUCUCCAACCUGCGCCCGCUGCCGCAACCAUGGUGUUACUGCCCACCUCAAGGGCCACAAGCGCCUCUGCCUCUUUCAGGCUUGCAAGUGUCACAAGUGUGUCCUCAUCUUGGAGCGCCGAAGGGUCACGGCUGCCCAGGUGGCCUUGCGUAGGCAGCAGGAGGCGCAGCUAAAGAAGCACCUGGCUGAGGGACUAAUGAGGAGAGGCGCAGCCCCUCCCAAAGCUCCCAGCCGAGUCAAGAAGGGAGUCAUUCGAGCAGGGGUCCACUCGGGAAAGGAGAACAUAGCACCCCAGCCUCAGACCUCCCAUAGGGCAGUCCCACUGGCACUGACACCCCCUGGGAAGGAGAACUUCCGGGGGCCUCUGCUCCUCAGCCGUCCCACAGAAUCUUUGCCUUUGCCCUGGACUCCACUGCCUCCAGGCCCUUGGGCCCCUGGACACUGGCUAUCUCCUGGCCUUUCCAUGCCAACCCCAGUGGUGUGCCGCUUGCUGUGCCAAGAACCUGCUGUCCCUCUGCAUCCCUUCCCUGGUUUUGACCCUGGCACUGCCCUCCGGCUGCCCACUCAUGGGCCCUUCCCAGCCUGCCCAGGAUCUCGCCCAAUACUGAUGGCUCCUCUUUCUGGAGAAUCCCAAGGGCCCUCUACCCUGCCCCACACAUGCUCGACUCUGAUACUGCAGCCCUGUGGCACCCCAGACCCUCUUCUGCUGCAGCCACAGGCCCCUGGAGCCUCUCGCCUGGCCUGGACCUCUGCCCACUCUGAGAGGCAGCUGCAGCGGGAGGCAGCUGAGGCUCUUGUGGGGCUGAAAGAUUCGCCUCAGGCUCCCCGCCUGACCCCUUCUGUUCCCGCCAACCCUGCCUGGAUCUCCCUGCUCCAUCCCUGUGGCCCCUCAGCUUCUGCUGGAGGAAAAGGAUUCCAGCCUGUUGGCCCCUCUCUCCGACCCAGCCCAGUGCCCUCUGUGGCUCUGCAUAUUGGACAUCUGGGGUCCAUCUCCCUCCUAAGCUAGAAGCUCAGAGGUGAAGGCUUCGCUUGGGCAGAAGGCAACAGCCCAUAGGCACUACAUAUUUGGUAUUUUACUUGCAGAUUUAUGCAUGGAAUGUAACGUUGUACAAGCUUCAGGCUUUUAAGCUUUUAGGUGCUUUGUUGGCUUUUGGUUCCUCUGUAGCAUGGGCAUUUCCUAGGGCAAAGGUGGAUAUUCUCUUAUCCACCUUGGUUCCUGGGACCUUUUUAAAUCUCCAGCAAAGAGAGAGUUGUGCGGUUUAAGCUAACCAGUAUCUAAAUAGAUUUUUGCAUGAGUUCAUGUUCCAGGGUAUUUAUUUGACACAUGAUCCUAUACAUACCUGUGCACUCAUGUCUGUCUCCAUGCAUGCAAAAACAGAAGAGUAUUUCUUUUCAUUUGGUGUCUAGGUUUGUGUGAGUAAGCAAGAAAUAAACCUGUGUUGUUUUAAGCCA